AUGCAGGUAAUUUCUGAAUUGAUUUCUUUCUUAUCCGUUACUCUCCCUCUCUCUACCCUAACUUGCUGUCCAUCCCCGCCACCACUCAUCGAUAUGCUGAGCAGAUCUGGAAAUCGCCAUCAUCUUCUCCGUUUUCUCAUCCAGCGUCUCCACCGUCGCCACCUGACCUCGGAUGGUACGCCACAUGAUCUUCGAAGGAGCACGGAAGUGAAUGGGACCAAAUCAGUCAGCUUGGUGUUCAUACUCGGAACCUGGUCUUGUUGGCCAAGCCGUCAAGGUUCUCACCUCUUUCUCUACUCCCUUUGUUCUUUACGUGAAUAA